AUGAUACGGAAUACUGUACACGGUACCUGGGUAAGGGAGAUAGUACACCUGUACCUGGUACGGUGUGUUCCUGAAGCCAACUGCCCCGUUUUUGGUGCCCUAUUGGAGCCUAAGGUGCUUAAGCCUUCAUCUCUCCGCGAAGCACUUCGUGUCUCCAAAUCUGCCACGCGUCAAAAGUUCCGUGAUACUGAGUUAGUGCGACGAGGUCUAGCUCGCGGCAGUAUGAGUCCUACACGUCCUGCGCCAACCGCGCAGUCAACCUCAGGACUCUCGUCAUACAAAGCUAUUUCUAAAUCACGCCCUCGCCUAGAACCUUCGCCUUUACCUCUGCAGGCCACAGAAAAUGCAUCGUCCGAGCAGGACUGUGUCCUCAAUCCGACAUCCUCCAGGCCACAUAAGCCUUCUCCCAAAAAGCCGUUUCGUGGCUCGGGCAGUUCAUUUUCUGGACGUGAGAAACUAGGAUUUGUGCCCAUAACGGCUCCGCCCCCCCCGGCGUUUACAACAGAUUCUCCGUCCAAGAGGUCGGCCUUCACUACGUAUCAUCAUAACACUCCGGUUUCGUCCUCAAUGCCUCAAUCCGCUUUAUUCACGACCUUCUCGACAGUGAGCUCCGGGAAACAGUCGCCGAAGGAAGCUCAACCUCUAGAUGAGCCUCCUGGCAAUAAUUUUGCCGACUUCCCCGAACCUUCGUUGGUAUCUAACGCUCCUCUGAAAAGGAUGCUUAUGGAUGCGGCGCCACUGAAAGAAGGAUCAACCAAGAAGCAGAAGCGUGAAGGUUCCAGUAAAAUAUGUUUGCCGGAACCUCAUGAAAUGCCCACUAUAGAUGAUGAUGGCACAAAGCCCCCCUACAGCUACGCGACUCUUAUCGGAAUGUCUAUACUCCGUGCGUCCAACAGACGGUUGACUCUAGCACAAAUCUAUAAAUGGAUCUCCGACACAUUUUCGUAUUACAAAAACAGUGAUCCUGGUUGGCAGAACAGCAUUCGACACAACCUCAGUUUAAACAAGGCAUUCAUCAAGCAAGAAAGGCCGAAGGAUGAUCCAGGGAAAGGGAACUACUGGGUUAUUGAACCUGGUAUGGAAGUACAGUUUCUCAAAGACAAGCUUCAGCGCCGCGCAACCAUGUCCAGUCUUCCUCUCCCAGCGGCUCCUAAGGACAAUGUGCAUUCGCGGCCUUCAAAUUCUGCAACCUGGACAAUACCGCCGUCCACAUACCCAUCGGCAGUAAAUCACGCAAAGCCGGUGGAUUUAUCCUCUGAUGCCACCCUUCCUGCUUCUGAUCCUGCUCUCCAGGAAGACGUGAAUGACGAUAAUUCCAACCUUCACGUGUCUCAAGCUCCUGCUCGUUCAUCCCCCCUCCAACCUAUACAAUCGUCACCUCCUGUCGUACCACCCCGUUAUAUCCGGCAGGGAACUCCCCCAACUCCGUCUCAGACCGUCACUUCCAGUAUCAUUCCCAUUGAUAAUAAACGAAAAUCUACUGCAAUGAAUGAUAGUGGCUAUUUUUCCUCGUUGGAAUCUUCUGCAAUGCGGCCAAAUAAGGCUGGUCAUAUCUUGACCUCGGACCUCGAUAUUGACCCACCUCGCAUCAAACGGGGUCGAGCGGAAGAGGAGAUUGCUCGCAUUCGAAGUUCUUCACAUGACAUUAGCCCAAGCCAAUGUGGCAUCUUGAAGGAGUCAGGGUUGCUAGUAGGCUCGUCUCCGAUUCGUGGUGAAUAUGUCAGCAUGCUACCGCCUCCCAUUACUCCCGUCAUAAAAUUCAAGAAGCCUGUCAAACCGCCACCUUCAGUAUCACCGAACACAAAUCUCCGAAACCACCGCAAGAAGAUCCAGCAAAUGGUCAACUCUCCAAUAAAACAUCUGGGUCUCGCCGACGAAGAUCUUCCGUGGAGCCCAGCCUUUAAUAUCCAGGACGAGACAUUCACGCCAACUGAUAAUCUUCACUCAAGUUUUGAUGUCUUUGCGGACCCUGUCACGGAAGAUAUCUCGACGUCGGCUUAUGGUUCGCCAGAGAAGCGUUCAGUCAAACGCGUUCGAACAGAUGCCACGGGAUCAAAUGGUAACAUACUGGCUGACAUCACGGCCAUCAAUGCCAACGGCAGGAUGAGUAUACAAUCGUUACCAUCAACAGCAAAAGCGAAGGGGCUACUUUUCCCCGAAUCGCCAUCUAAACGGUCCGAACCGGGGCGUUUCAUUGAUACUGCUCAUGACGAUUUCUUUUCUUUUCACCUUUUCGAUGAAAGUCCCGCCGAAGUAGAUGGCGUGGAUCUCCUGCAAGGGUUUCAGAAGAUCGGUGGUUCAAACAAGGAAGGACAGUCGAGGUCUAAACCAUACCUGCCACGACCUCAGUGCAAUACUCGAAGUAAUACCUCACUGUUCUGA